AUGGGCUGCUCCAGCAGCGCCCUCAACAAGGCCGGGGACGGCAACAGGCUCCGCAGCGGUGAGACAGGAGAAAAAGUUGAAACAGAGAUGGAGGAUGAGAAAGUAAGUGAAGGGACUGGAACAAAAGAAGAAGAAACAGGGGAAGCUGUGGACCUUUCAGCAGCCAUGUAGAUGGAUGUGGUAGCAGAAAGAUGAAUAGGCAAAGGUGUUGUGAUAGAAAAUGUAGUGAAGUGUGUGACUUCGGAUCUGAUUGUGUCUAUAAAUGUCUAUUUGUUUUAUA